UGAUGCUGAUGAUGGGGCGGCCGCCCCCCGCCGGCGCCGCCGCCACCCGCCCGCAGCAGCAGCGAGCGGCGCUGCCCAGGGGCGUCCCCGCCGCGGCAUCAGGAUCAGUUUUUACCCUAAAAGUUCAAGUAAAUGACAUCAUCAGCCAUCAGUACCUGCGCCAAGCAGUGGUCGAGGUAUUUGUUAACUACACCCUGACAAAUUCUACUCUCACGGGGAACAAUGGAGCAGUGUUGAUAAAAGUCCCCUACAAACUGGGAUUAAGCUUAACUAUUGUCUCAUACAAGGAUGGCUACCUGCUGACACCUUUGCCUUGGAAGACUGCAAGGAUGCCAAUCUACUCGUCCGUGACACUCUCAUUAUUCCCACAAAGUCAAGCUAAUAUAUGGCUGUUUGAAGAUACUGUCAUAAUUACUGGAAAACUGUCUGAUGCCAAAUCUCAACCAAGUGUUCAGUUUCCAAAAUCUUUAAUGAAGCUUCCAACAAAUCACAUUGCAAAUCUUACAGCGUAUCUGACAGUGCCAGAGCAAUUUUUGAAAGUGGACAGCUUUCUGUAUACAACAGGAAUUAUUCUAAAUAAAUCAGGUUUCAAAAGCAUGGAAUUAACUCCUCUUGCUGCCAUAUGUGUAAAUGUUCUUUUGGCUGGGAAAGAACUGAACAUAAAGGGUCCCAUUCAGAUUACCCUUCCUCUUCCCACAACUGCUGUAAAAUCAGGAGAUGCUGUACCUGCCUGGACAUUUGAUAUGAAAAUUGGUGCUUGGGUAAACCGUGGGCUAGGAGUGGUGAAGGAAGUGGAUGGCCAGUUAGUAUGGACAUACACUGCUCAGCACUUGGGCUACUGGAUAGCAGCUCCACUGCCUGGAGCAAGAGAAUCCAUUAUUAGUGCUGUUUCCAAGGACAUAACAGCCUAUCACACCGUGUUCCUUACGGCCAUACUGGGAGGAACUGUUGUCAUUAUCAUUGGAUUUUUUGCUGUUCUUCUUUGUUACUGCAGGGAUAAAUGUCAUCGGACACAGAAGAAGGAAAAAAACUCAACCAAGCUGGAGGUCAUAAAAAAAGACCAGACAACGUCAACAACUCACAUAAAUCACAUCAGUGCUGUCAAAGGGUCUUUAAAGGUGGAGGAUAAGUCACAGUUAUAUACACCGAAGAUUUCUUCAUACAGCCCUCAAAGGAGACUGUCCAUGGACACACAGGAUGGAAAAUCACAAGACAAUUUUAAAAUCUACUCAGAGGAUGCUUCUUAUCAGUCAUCCUGUCAGACUGGUCAGGUAGGAAAUUCAGCCCAUUCAGUGGAGCCUAGUGCUGGAGUGAGGCUUUUACAGCAGCCAAAGCACAGUAACAGUACUAUUUCCCAGGCUCCCAGGGACAUUUCAGACCAAAACAGGUACCUUUCACUGAAAGAGGAGAUGUACGGCCUUUCCCAUAUCCCAGAACAUCUAAUGCAUAUUUACAAUCAGCCUAUUGCUAUUCUUCAAACCUCAGACCUUUUCCACUCCCCAGAACAACUGCAUCCUGCUAAAUCAGCAACUUUGCCAAGGAAAGGGCAGCUGGUGUAUGGCCCCAUGACGGAGCCCAUGAAUCGGGACAGUUACAUGCAAACACUCCCCAAAAUGCCAGUGCACUCUCAUCCCCAGCCUUCUGCCUGCAGAGAUGAGAACAGUGCCCUGGAUGGUGAAGAGGGCUUGCCUUCCCAGGCAUCCAGCUGGGGCAGGUACACCAACAGCUUACUGGAAUCUGUCUCUGUUCCUGGGACACUGAAUGAAGCAGUUGUAAUGACUCCAUUUUCAUCUGAACUUCAAGGGAUUUCAGAGCAAACGCUGCUGGAGCUCUCUAAAGGAAAACCAUCUCCGCAUCCUCGAGCAUGGUUUGUGUCCUUGGAUGGAAAGCCAAUUGCUCAAGUGAGGCAUUCUUUCAUAGAUCUGAAAAAGGGCAAAAAAACUGAGAGUAAUGAUACCAGUCUGGACUCUGGUGUGGACAUGAAUGAGCAUCAUCCUAACAGGAAACUGGAGAGAGAGAAAACUUUCAUUAAAAGUAUGCCACAUUCUAAGAUUCUUUACUUGGAAGAUGUGGAUCUGAGUAGCAGUGAAAGUGGGACCACUGUUUGCACUCCAGAGGACCAGGUGGUGAGACAUAUUAUGGAAGGAGGGAACAGGGCAGUCCUAGAACAACAUAAUGAGGAAGGUCUAAGGAAAAAAUCUCUGCCAGGAAGUCAUGAAUCUUGUAUCCCUUCUGCUAAAAAAAGGGAUAGACCACCUCUCAUGAAAAGAGAUAGCAAAACCAAUAUCUGGAAGAAAAGAGAGGAGAGGCCGCUUAUUCCUAUAAAUUAAAACACAGUGUGCUUUGUGCUGUUGCUCUCCCUGCUGGUUGUUGAUCUCUUGCCUGCUUCUGUAAUUCUGCAGUGUUGGGUUUACAAGGGAAAUGUUGCUUUCUAGUAUCAAGAAAAGUUUCAUUUUUUAAUGUAAAGAUUGAGUUACCAAACUUCAGCUGGGCAACUGAUAUUCCAUGUGAAUUGAAAAUAGGGAAAUGCUACUAUUAAACUUUUCCAGUUCCUAAUUUUACUAACAGUAUGAGGAAGGCCCACAUUUCACUUGGCCUGUCAUUCUUGGACACACCUUUGGGAACGCACAAUGAGAAAUGUAGGCACAUGAUUUAAUUUUUUUGUACUUGUUGCUAAUUCAAUGGUAGCCUAGUUAAAGCCAUUCCUAGCCUUGUUCCUAAUCAACGUGACCAUCUGUACAGUAUUUUAUAUGUGAACUUUUCUAGCUAUCUGUUACUACUCCUUUGUACAAUGUGAAAUGCUUCACCCGUUGGUCCCACGACACCAGCAGAUGAGCUCUGCUGGAUUUAUCAGCAGAGCGCUAUAGCAUUACUGCCCUCCCUGUGUGUCCAUCCAUGUGCAAUCCCAUACAACACUGGUGGAAAGGGAAGUCUACAAGUGUGGCCACUGCAGUUCAUGGUCCCCACUACCUUAAGGUGUUGCCCAUCUGCUUUGUUUAGACCUGCUUUGUUAUGCC